AUGAAAACGCGAAUACUCCGGGUCCAGAACGGACAGUCGCUAGGCCAGAGUAAUGGAAGUAGGGCAGGAACGCAGCUGGAAUCAUGGUCGAUCCCGACAGACUCGGAGCAGGACCUCGCCCCCAUUCGCGAGGCAGCGCAAUAUCUCCGGAGCAGUGACGUGCCGGUUGCAUUCCCAACGGAGACAGUGUAUGGCCUCGGUGCAGAUGCCACAAGGAGCGGAGCGGUCAAGGGGAUCUAUGCCACCAAGCGGCGGCCGGCGGACAACCCGCUGAUCGUGCACGUUUGUGACCUGCAGAUGCUGAGGAGGUUGCUCGUCCCGGCUGAUGCAAACGGGGCCGGAGGGGAAAAUGCAGUAAAUGGAUCAUCCCAGGACCCUAUUCCAAGCAUAUACAAGCCCGUCAUCGAGAGGUUCUGGCCAGGCCCUCUCACGAUCCUGAUGCCGAAUCCGCAGCCUUCACACCUGGCACCGGAAGUCACGGCCGGCUUGAAGACGUUCGGAGCUAGAAUGCCAGCCACGCCGCUGGCGAGGACCCUGAUCAAGUUGGUCGAUGCGCCGCUGGCAGCGCCGUCCGCCAACGCCUCUACAAAGCCGUCACCCACUGCUGCGUGGCACGUGAAUGAGGAUCUGGACGGGAGGAUAGAGCUCAUCCUGGACGGCGGGUCCUGCCCGGUUGGAGUGGAGAGCACAGUCGUUGAUGGUCUCUGUGAUCCACCUGUUGUGCUACGGCCAGGAGGAGUCAGCCUCGAGGAGCUACGAAGUUGUCCUGGCUGGGAGCACGUGGAGAAUGCAUAUAAGGAUCACAGCGAGACUGGCAAGGCAGCGCCGCGAGCACCGGGCAUGAAGUACAAACACUACAGCCCCAAGGCCAAGGUCGUACUUUAUGAAGCACCUCCCAAAGCAGGCAGCAUUGAGGUACUCCAGGGAUACACGCAGGAUGGAGGCGUGGGCAAUAAGACUCGAGUUGGUUUUAUCAGAACACGUCGUUGGGCCGCCCCAGUUGAAGCAGACAAAGCGGAAGCCACUGGUGCUAGCAACACAGUCACAGAGUCUAACCAGCAACGUCACGAUGGCGAAGAGGAUCUGUCAUAUGAGAUCCUAGAAAGCCAAGCUGAUGGCCACACAAUUCUAGACAUAGGACUAGGUCAGGAGAGCAAGAUGAUAGCUCAGGGGUUGUUCUCGGCAAUGCGGGAGCUAGACCGACGCGGAGCUGAUAUCAUCUUUGUAGAAGGAAUUGAAGAUAGGGACGACAUAGCAGCAGCGGUCAUGAACCGCCUGCGCAAGGCAGCGUCUGAGACUAGAGCGUAG